AUGUGCAUGACUGCACUGAUGAAAAUGGCCUUGUCGUGUGAAUCUACUUAUACGGUGGAGAGGAGACCAAUCAGUUGCAAGUUUGUGGAGCUGCAUGUUCUCUAUGUGCCAGACGACCAGUGGAAUGUGAAGCUGAACAAAGUUCCCGCAGAAGCCACAGAGAGCUUCAUAUCUGCGGGCUUCAUCAGGGUUUAUCCUGAGGUCACCCUGAAAGCUCUGAGGAGUGAACUAGGGGAGCUCCUGGGUGCAGAGAGGAGCCUAGACAAAUUCUCUUUCUUGAAGUGUGUGGGCCGCAGCUUGGCUCUGGUCAAAAGCAAGCAGGAGAAGGAUGUGAAAGUGAAAACAUUUGCUCCACCAUAUGCUCCCCAGCCAGAACUUUACCUACUACCCACAGUGGAGAACGAAAGCAGCCUUUCCUCCCAUUCGCUCAGCCCAGACACCAGCAUCAACUCCCCGGACCGCCCGACCUACUACCCCCACAAGACUUGGAGCUCUCCAGCUGAGACAAAAGAGCCUGUGAAGUUCCCCCACAUCCCCCAGUCUUCCCACCAGCUUGUUCCCACCUCCAGCUUGGAGGAGGAGGAGGAGGAGGAGGAGGAUGACGACGAGCAGGGUUACAGCUCCUCAGAGGGAGGACGUGGCGAGGAGGAGGAUGGUCUCUCUGGCAAUAAGAUGGAGUGGCACGAGAGUGGGGAGCGUGACCAGAGAAAGUCCAAGAGUCAAGCACCGAAUAAAGGUAGCUUGGCUCAGGUGAAGGAGCAUCCCAAGGAGGAAGAAACAACUUGGAGAAAGAAGAUACAUCAUCAGCAAGGAAGCAGAGUCGCCAAAGAUUCAGGACCUGUGGAGUCGGUGGAGGAUGGAGAUUCAGACAGGCAGCUCGGGAAAUCACGAGAUGUGCACACAUUUCUGUCUCUCAGGUCUAAAACAACAAGUGGGGUGACAGAAAGCCCAGUUGUGUUAUCCCGACCCAUCCGGUGCACUUCUCCGCCUCCUGGUCUAGACCUGACCAUGACAACCCACAAACCUGUUGUUUCAACUGUCAUCCCAAAUAAUAGGGAAGAACUAAUAGAGGAAAUAAAGCUGGUGAAGGAGGAAAGGAAGCAGUUGGAGUGGAAAAGACAAGAGCUGCUCAGGAAAGGGAAAGAUUUGUUGGCCCAGAACAGACACCGCAGGAACCAAGCCCGCGACAGCUGGAAAAAGAAGUAUUUUGAUACCAAGAAGGCCACCGCACCUUUGGAAGACGCACUGAGGAAUGUGCGGCAAGAACUGGAGACAUUCUACAACAAACUCCUGCAUCAGCUCCACGCCAGAGAUUGCAGAAGCAAGCCGCAAAAACAAGGAAGGUCCUCUGAAAAGAAUGAGCUCAUCAUUCAGAUCCUGACAGAAAGUCAUGACAUGGACAACCUGAAGAGGAAGGUCGAAGACGCCAAGAUGAAGCUGGUGACGGAGAUAAAGCUGCGGAAACAGGCUGCCACUGAACUGAGGGCACUGAAGGCCGAACUGGCCCAGAAGAAGAGUCAUUCUUGUCAGCGGGUGCCUGCGGCGUCUCUCAGCUUUGUGAGCGGCAGGCGAGACAAAGGACAAUUCCAAAACAGCUCCAACUGAAUCCCAAGAACAAGAUGUUUUUAAAAAAAAAAAAAAAAAAA